GAGACGAUAUCAACUUCCGGUGUAUUGCACAUGGGGAGUGCAACGUACACAUUAAAUUCUGGACUCUUGCUAAAAGAAUCGACACAAGGUGGUAUAUUAAGUCUGAGUUACGCACUUGAGCCUCAGCUGGCACCUGCAUGCACGCUGAAGAAAUAAUCCAUUGAGGACAGUAGUAUUCUGGGUACUGUUGAACGAAUAGCGUGCUGUAUUUAAAUUGAAAGUACUGGUACUAUAACAGGCUAAAACAAGUUUAGCUUACUUACUACUAGUCACAUACUUUGAAGCAGAUUUUACUAAGUGACUGAAAUCAGAUUCAAAAGAAUCAGAAGUGAAGGUGAUAAGGAUUUGGUGGUGUAACAAGAGUGUCUUCAUUGUGCUGUAUGGCAGUUCCUCAAUUAAACCACUUUCUACAUAAACUGAACAAGUGCCAAUUAAACAGCCUAUAAGUAUACAUUUUUUUUACCAGUUAAAUAAAGGCUGGGAAUGGCAGAACUUGAAAACAUGUCACAGAAACUGAGUCAGCUCCAUCUGGUGGAAAAAUCAGCCAUUUAUAUGGAAGUCCCCCAGCCAGAUUAUGUUCUGUUGUUGGACUCGCAGGCAUGUUCCAGGUGUAACAAGGACCCUGUUCUUGCAGCCACCAGUUCAAACCACACAGUGAGGUUAUUUAACAGGAACACAUUGGCUUCCAUUGGGACAGUUGAAGGUCACCAGAAAGCUGUCACAGGAGUAAAAUUCGGCAAAACCAACACUGAUCUGCUGUAUACAUCAUCACUAGAUGGCACUGUAAGGUGCUGGGAUAUUCGAUCAAAUUUAAAACAGCCAGUGCAAUCAUUCACAGUUCCAGAAAGUCUUCCAAAAGCCAAGCUCUGCUGUCUAGACAUCAGUUGUGAUGACGGCAUACUUUGUGCAGGCACUGAACAAUUCAAAGCCAAGAAGAAAGAGAAGAAGAAAAAUAAGAAGACGUGUGAUGAGGAAUCUGACAUGGACUCGGAUGAAGAGGAUGCCACCGUUUACAUGCUGUUUUGGGACUGUAGAAAGUCUAAGAUGUUGGGCUGCUAUAAAGAAAGUCAUCAGGAUGACAUAACUCAGGUGUGUUUUCACCCCAGCCACCCAGACAGAUUGGCCAGUGGCUCCACAGACGGACUGGUGUGUACCUUUCACAUUAAUGAGACAUGUGAGGAUGAUGCACUGCAGUGUAUUUUCAACACAGAAUCCACAGUGUAUAAGAUAGGCUGGGGUGGAAAGGACAAUAAUGCAGUGUAUUGCCUCACACACAUGGAGACAUUUCAUAUCUGGGACACAGUUGAGUCGGAGAGUAUGCUAGAACUAAAAAAUCCAAGGGACUUGUUUAAGGGUAAAUCUCAAGUAGACUACCUUGUGGACUGUUUCCAUGGUGACCAGGAUAGGGACAAGUUUCAUUUACUCACUGGGACGCACAGUGGUUCCUUGAAUAUUGUUGAACUAUACAAUUCACAGCAGACUGUUGUAGCAACUCUGGAGGGCGGCCAUAAUGCGACAGUCAGGUGCAUGAACUGGGAUGAGGAGACAGUGACGUUGGUAACCGGGGGAGAAGACUCCAUGACUUGUUUAUGGAAGCCUGGGCAGAUAAAAUCAGAGCAUACUUCAUCUAAAGCAUCAGAAAGAAAGAAAAAAUCUCAAGUGAAGAGCAAAUUUAAGGCAUCAGUGACUUCAAAACCAUACCAGAAGAAAGACAUUCCACAAAUGAAAUCUCACUCAGAGUGAUGACAGUAAUAUGUGCAUACUUAUUAA